AGUGCCCAGGGUUAAGUAACCUUCCCUGUCCCGCCCCGCCCCGCCCCGCCCCGCCCGCCAGGGGGAGUCGCCUGGCAACAGGGCCUCGCUGUGGAGCGGACGCGGGCGCUCUAAGGCAGGCAGGCAGGCGGCGGAGAGCGAGCGAUGAAUCUGCCAGUGCGAAUGGGGAGAUGAGGUGGGGGCGGUUCCCGCUGCCGGGCUUGAAUCGCCGGUAAAAUACAAACCGCCGCCGGAAGCCUCAGCUGCAAAGCACCGGGCUGGAGGCCCUGCUUUUCCCGGUCUUACGUCAGCAUCUCCGGAGCGGGACAGUACCUGAGUCCGGGGUCACUGCAGCUUCUUGAGGACUUGCAAGGCAGAAAAAGGGCAACACGUGCACCCUGCUCAUGAUCAAAACUACUUAUAUAUAUGAAGGCUUGUAUGCAAAAGGGAGACUGUUGCCAAGAAGAGAAGAUUGAGCAGUAGGAGAUGGGUCAGGAGGAUCCUGAAUUCUCAGAAGGACACUCCGUGAGACUCAAAAGACUAAUGGGAAAGAUGAGGAAACUGAGGGAGGUUCAUGAGUACAGCUGUUUGUUUUUGCUAGAUUUGUAACUCGUGUGCUUGCCUAAAGAGAAUAUCCUGUAUUAAACUUGUCCCAAAAAUCUAAAAGAAGAAUAGUGUGUGAAAUAAUGGCAACUGGAGACUUAAAAGGAAGUUUACGCAAACUAGAACAAGGACUUCGCUUGUUAAACUAUCCUAGGGACGUGGAUUACACAGGCAGUUUUGUAAAGGGUGAUCCAGCUGCGUUUUUACCCAUCAUCAGUUAUUCCUUCACAUCCUUCUCAACUUGCGUAGCAGAACUUUUGGUGGAAUCUGAUGUAGAGCUCACAGCUAAAAGCGAUUUGCGUUUUAUUGAAGCUAUCUAUAAGCUACUUCGAGAUCAGUUUCAAUACAAACCAGUUUUAACAAAACAGCAGUUUCUCCAGUGUGGCUUUGCAGAAAGGAAAAUACAGAUUGUUUGUGACAUUAUCAGUGCUGUGAUGAAAAAGCAUAAGGAAUUAAGUAAUAUGAAUAAGGCCAAAUCUCAAACAAGAAAAAAAAACAGGUCUUUAAAAUUUGAGUCACAGGCAAAUUGUGAGAAACUUCUUGCUGAUCCUGUUUGCAGGACUGUGAUUUCUCAACAGAAACCUCAAGUGGAACGUCACCCAAAUAAUGAAGUUAAUGUGCAUGUCUAUGAUACUGCCAUUCCAGUAGAUGAAGAUAGCGAAGAAGAAUCCUGUGUAUCUGAUGAUGUUUUGGAAGUUGUGUGUGAACAAGCCACAGAAGAUAAUAGUCAAAUGGAGCUGUUAAAGAGCCAGCUUGCUGAUUGCCAAGAAAAACUUCAUAAGCUAAGUUGGAUGGAAGAUAAACUACAUGUUUUAGAAGAGAAACUUAAAGGGAAGGUGAUUAUAGAUGAGAAGGACUGGAAUAAUCUCCUGAGCCGGGUCUUGCUCCUUGAAACAGAACUGUUAUUGCAGUCAAAAAAGAGUGACUUAUCUACAGAAUUUAACAAUAUGAGUGAAGACCAUACCUCUAGUAGGAAUAUGACUCCAGUUUCUCCUGAUAUUGAGAGGAAGGAGGAGAUGCCAGAGAGUCUUCAUCAGUCGUCUGGAUACAGUUCACUAUUAUCCACAGACCCAUCUCCCAAAGCCGUAACCAUUAAUUAUCAUGGUUUGACAGAGAUUUCAAAGGAGACAACAAGACAAAGAAUGGAAAGGAUAAGUAAAAUGAUUGAAGAAACUUCAGAAUUGCUGAAAAAUUCAAGUAACACAUCGUAGACAAUUUUCUGUCUAGACUUCUGGAUCUCAAAAUUAUUAUGUAAAUUUGUACAAUUUUAAAGUUUAUUUUGAAUAUAUUAUCAGUUUUAAGGACUAUAAUUGUUUUAAAAAAUUUUAUUUUUACUUGAAGAAUAAAUGUUCUCAUACCUUUGUCAUGAUUACAUUAAUUUUAACAUUUUGCUAUAGAAAAUUGCAUUUUUUGUGGAGUCGAAGUCAUUACAGAAGUGUGUUUUUGUGUUGAUAUUUGUUGGCAAUGUGCUAAGUAAUACGUUUUUUAAAGUGCAGGCUUGAGGACCAUGGUUUACAUCCUGUUGGAAACACUCCAGCUGGGACUUGCAUAUUGCACCCAAGAGACUUUCAUACAUACCAUCUUGCCAUCUGUACUGUUCAAUAAGACUUCAUGAAAACUUAAAUGCACAUAUUGUAAAUGUGUACCUUUUUUGUUUUGUUUUUUUUAAUUAUAAAUUUUCAUGGUUAGUCAGAAAGCACCCCAACACAUUAUGGCUUCCAUUAACACUGACAAAGUGAAGGUCAUUUGGAUCCUAAACACUAAAAUGUGUAAGUAAGUCCACAGACUUUGACUAUGCGAGAUGUGGUGAGUGUUUUAGUGCUCUAUUACCCAACACAUUUUAAGACCAGCAGCACAGAUGGAGACCAUACAGUGGACAAAGACAUACAACAUUUUUAUGGUUUGAAACUAUAUAAAAUUUCUCUUUUGAGACACAAGUAGAUGUAAGACUUCCAUAAACAUGAUAUAGUCAAAUCAAAGGUGUCAGUGUGGGCUGGGUAGAGAGAUGGGAUUUCAUCCUUGUUUUCUAAAUUACUGGGUAUUUAAAAUGUUAUGCAAGAAACCUUUUUACAACAUGCUGUAGCUAUCCAUAUUACUUUGAUUCACAUGAAAAGAUCAAAAAACGACAUUGCAACAGCUGAAGAUAUCAAGAUUUAAAUGGUAUAAUUUUCAGAUGGAGCAUCUGUUUGCUCUUCCUUUUUAAAAAUGAUUUAUUUGAUGAUGAUGAUAAUAAUGAAUAUGUUCCUCCAUAAAUGUGAUUGAUUUUCAUUUUACAUAUCCAAAGUGAGUAACAUACAAUAAUCUGUUGUUUAAGGACUUAAGCUUAAGGACAUGAACACACUUGUAAUAAAACUCCCAUUUUUUUCCAGUAUACUUAACUUGCAGAUUCCCUGGAAAGCAAGCUUUACACUCAUGAUGGCAACUCUAAAGUUUUUAUUUGGAAAUCCCCUUGUUCACAACCCACUACUCCACUAUCCUAAAGAAUAAUUUUUUAAAUUGUUUCUUCUAGAGAGAAGAAAAAUUUCCUACUGAUCUGAGAUUGUGUGUUGUGUGCAGUAAACAGAUUAUAGCACCAUCUUGUGGUGCAUAUUUAUACAAAGUAUUUUCGCAAUUUAGAAUAAAAUUGUUUUGAUACAGAGUACCGACAGUCACUUUUGCUCUGAAACAGUAAUGACAAUGUUUUGAGUAUCGACUUUUCAUUGUUUACUAUAUUGUAUUGAAACAGGCUUUUAACUGGUAAUUUAGGGUGGAAAUUAGGGUACAAACAAAGUGCAUUGCGUGUGGUUUCCAUAGUUCAGUACCAAAAAACCCUAAUGUUUUGUGCUGUAGUGUGGAGAAAGAGGAGAACAAUGUUAAACAAACAUUUGUGUUCAGGAUUUAAGAAGUUGUUGCAUACUUGAUGCAGCUUAAUAUUAAUAUUAAAAGAAACUUUUUGUGUCUCUGACAAAGUAACAUGCAAUCUAAAAUAUUCCUCAAUAUAGUACUGCACGUUUCAAAAUACACAAUUGUCCAACACUUUCCAAUUUUCAAACUUAGCAUAUUUAGACUUUCCUUUACUAGGUUCUUAGUUUUCGCUCGAGGCCAUUAUCGUGGGAUGACUUUUUUUUUUUUUUUUUUUUUUCCUGUAACACACCUGAGUUUUGUAAAGUGCUUUGUGAUUCUUGGAUUGCAGGUGUUGAGAAGUGCAUCAUAUUAUUCCUUAUUUUGAAAUUUUAGGAUUUUUUUUCUGAGUCGGAAGAAACUAUACAUGAUAGAGAAUGUUCAUCUUUUAACAGUCUUUACAUGUGUCUGCACUAGAAUUUUUUGGUAGAAAUCCAUCUGUGGAAACUUUAUAGAUGGAGCACUGGCAUUUUUACUAUUCGAUGGCUGGGGUGAUAAGCUCCACUGUUAGCAGCAGCAACAGGAACACUAGCAUAGAUGAGCAAUGCCACUUUAUCAUUGUCGUGACUAAAGGUAAAAAUGCUAGUAUCCCAUGUAUACUAACACACUGGUAGAUCUCCAUGACUGGUAAUGAAACAGUUGGCGAUCCCGCCCCACCCCAACGAGUUAGACAUUAGAGAAUGUUCUUCCUAACAGCUUUUAUCACAACUAGUUUCUUUCAACUUGUCUACCAAAAAUUCCGGGGUUUCAAAAUGUGGAUGUUUUACAUGACUACCGUUUUUAUCUAUUUACUGUGCUGCUAUUCACACUUUUAAAGUCCUUAGAGAUGCUUCUUUAAAAGAGAAGAAAAAUCAGUCCACUGCAAAACAGGCACUCCUUUCCUGAAUACCUUUCUUUUAAUUUAUAUAAUUUAAAUAAAUUUAACUGGAGUGUCUCUCUCCCCAUAGAUCAUACAAGAGAUCCCACCUUUCAAUUCUUAUGACAUUCAUGAUCAUGCAAGGGAUAAUGAAGCAUAAUUGUAUUAAAGUGGAACAAUGAAGCAGGAGCUCUUCCUAAAAUUGCAGUUGAUUGGACUGGGUUUUAAAUCUUCUAGUAAAUGUGAACUGAAACAUGCAUGCUUGUUUGAAGUCAGUUUAAAAAAAAGAAAAAAACAAAAACAAAAAAAAACCCCAAAACCAAAGCAGUCAUCCGGUAUUUUUUAAAAAUUAUUUAGAACACGCUUAGCUUGUGUAAUAACCAUAAAAAUCUGACAGUUACUGAAAUGUAAUCUGAGUCGCAGCCCUUUUUGUUAAUCUUACUUGGGGUUGCUGUAGAGGGCUUCUUGGGUUUUAAUAUUUCAGUGUUGUGAAGCAUAGCUAGUAAGGAAACCAUUGCAAUAUAUGGCUUUAGAAUGCACUUUUGGCUUUAUCAUAUUGGCUUAGUUAAUCUAAUAGAGAUGUCAGAAGUAAUAUCUCGCCAAGGUUCUGACCUAACUCCCCUAGACCUAAAUGGUCUCAAUACAGUAAUGCUUUUUGGGGGGCAGGAUUUAAUUCUUAAUUCUCUAUAGUAGCUGUGAUCUGUGCAUAUGUGGGGGGUUUUUUAGUCACCAUUAUUACUAAGUAUGUCCCACUUUCUUGUUUUUAUGCUGUUUCUAUGAAUUACAUUACACUGGUCCUUGGGGAGAAAUAUAUUUCUUUCUUGUAUUAUUGAGUAGCUCACCAGCUGGUCAGAAAUAUGCUGGGCUUUUCAAAGCUGAAAUGUUUCAUGAACACACACAAAUUUUGAAGAAGUUUUCAUGGGGAAAGUUUUUAGGCUCCAGGGUUCUUUGGUCACUUUUAACCAGAAAGAAACUAACACGCUCCGUAGCAUGAUGAUGUUUAGGCUACUGGCAUGGGAUGUGGGACAUACAGGUUCGAGUCCUUGCUCUGGCUGAUUUUAGAGGUUUUUUUCAUCCAAGAUCACUCCGAAUCAGGCAGAGCAGGGACUUGAACCUGGUUUACCUACAUUUCCAGCCAGAGCCCUAACCACCAUUCUGUAGAAGGUGAGAGUACACUCGUCCUCGGCUCAGGUUUCGAACCCACAGUGGAUAUUUUGACAGAAUUCUGUUUUUCAAAAACAUUGGAAAGGUACCUGUUUUGUUCCAAUGUGGAAUGAAAACAAAUUCUGAACCCUAAAAAGUUGCCAUGAAAUGGAAUUAUUGUCUCCAGGUGGCUCUACUGAGGGGAGAGAUCCUUUUUAUAUACUUCAUCUGCUAGUGUUUGAUUUCCCCAUGGUGUAAUCUUCUGGAGUGUUUGUUUCUGUAGCAUUCCAUAGAUGAUGCGUAGGGCUCAUGUUGUGAAUUCUAAGAAAUGGGUAUUAUGCCACUCUUUUUUAACCUAUUAACAUGGUGCAGCUUUGAAAAAACACUCCAGUAUACAAAUGCUCUCUGCUUCUUAAGCACAUGUGAAACCUGUGUCCCUGGCAGGGUGUAUUUGUUGCAUUGGAAUUGCACUUUUAAUUUAUCAUUGUUUUCAGUCUGAGAAAAAAGGCACUUUAUUUUCCCACUGGAGUUUUUUCCCAUAACUAAAGUGACAUCACUGACAAAGCUAAAAUUCUGGUGCAGUAGAGCUGUUUUUGCCUGCGAUCUUGAGGGGAUACAUGUUGAAAUUGGGACCAAAAAUUGAUGGUAAUUGGGCAGUUUCAAAUGCAGUAAAAGAAUAUGGCUUUUGGUGGCACACCCUUGGGCCAUCAGAAAGACAACUGUGGCCGUAUUGUAUUUGUAAUGAUUUAUACAAGACAUAACAUAGUGUUUAAUUGUUGACUUGCAAUAAGUCACCGAACGUAUAUUUUUAAUAGAUAUGUUCCAAGACUGUCCACAAAUUUUAAUCUGUAUAUUUCUGUUCUAGUGUAGGUCAGAAAAUUGAAUAGAAUUUAGUGAUAAUUUGUUUGGGAUUAUUUGUGAGCCUUGAGUAUUGGUCAACAACUCUUGAUUUCAGGCAGAGAAAAGCUGGAAAAAGCUUUUCUUGCAAAGUCCUGAACUUGGCUUAUAGAAGAAAAUGUAUUUCUUUGAGUCUCUGCGAAUGUGGCUCCCGCCCAUGUUGUAUAUACACCUGCUGCAUCUGAGUGGGAUCCACGUACACAGAACAUCUUGAAGAAUCAGUUACUAUAAGGUAAGAAACUGUUCUUUAUAGAAGUAUUGAAACUUUAUAUUUGAACUGAUCAAAUGAGAGCAAAUGUUUGCUUGGAAGACAGUAUGAAAUGGGAUUAUCCCAACCUUAGAUAUAUAGGGAGGUAUAUGUAAACUAAAUCCAGCAGUUUGUUUUAUGCCAAAUGUGUAGCAGUUUGACUAUUAUCAACAUAUCAAGGAGUAUAGGUGGAGUUCUGAUUUGCGUGUGAAUAUAUUAUAGUAGUGCAUUUUAUUUUGAUAACAGGUAUAGUAUGAUUGGGCUUGAUUUUACAGAGUUUCCAUUUCCAUAUUUUGCUAAGUUAAGAUUCAGAAUUGCAUAGUUUUCAGAUGCAUGUCCUUGGAUAAUUAAUCUGCAGUAAAGUCUGUACCUCAGUUUUCACCAUCUUUAAAAAGAAGAGUGAUUCCUGCCUGUUUGCCUCAUGGGAGCAUUGUGAGGAUUGAUCAGUUGUUUGCAUUAUGCUUUGAAAAUGUGUAGUACUGAUAAUUUCUCUAACAUUGUAGGUAUAAUUUUCAGAGUUCUUUAAUUUAAGCCAAUCAAUUCCUUUCCUUAUUCAUUUAUUUAGGCUCCAUUUUAUUCUAGUCUUAAAAGUUCAACUGUUUUUUGAAAUCCUCCUUUCUAAGUACUUCAAAGUUUUAUCAGUACUGUAACAAAAUAUGGAAGCUGUUGCUGGAUGGACUUUUGUUCGUUUGUUUGAAUUUCUUCAUCAAACUAAUAUUCAUCCUGUGUUAUAGUGACACCGAGACCUUGCAAGACUAUAGACUUAAAUUUUGCUCCUUUCUUUUGUCUCACACACUACUGUUAAAUCCUGCAUUUCUGUGUCCACUUCAUGCUAUAUAGUUCAAAGUGACUGUUGAUGUUAAGAGUUGUGAUUUUUUUUUUUCCUGCCAUGCAUCCUAUUUCUAGCAAUGUACUCUUUUUCACUAUUCCAUAGGUCCAUCUGUCAAAGUUCCUGGAAAAAAUCAUGCUCAGCAGCCAGAGUUGUGCUAAGUGCUUCUCAGUGCCAAGGUACACAGAUGCCUUGAACAGGUUGUGUUUUCUAACAAGAAAAUCCUCAAACCUUGACCCCCAGUUCAGAAUUUUGCAAAUGUAUAAAAAUUGGAAGACUU